GAGCUGAGAGUGGGAGCUGGGAGUGGGAGCUGCAGAAUGAGCAUCAGGAGCACAAGCUGGGAGUGUGGGCAGUAGGAGAGGGGCCGGGGAGCAGGGUCAGUGUGAGCCAUUGUGUGCAGGGCCAGUGUGAGUGGGGCCACUGUGAGCCAGUGUGAGCGGGGCCAGUGUGAGCCAGUGUGAGCGGGGCCAGUGAGCGGGGCCAGCAUGUACUGUGCAGGCCUGCUGCGUGCCUGGCCCCUGGCACUGCGUACACUACAGUGUGACUCUCGACACGGGGCCCUGCCCCAGCCCUGGCUCCUGCUCAGGCCCUGCCAGUGGCUGGUACGGUGCCCCUUGCCCUGUGCACCCUGCCUGUCGUGCUGGGCAGGCCGACUAGCCAGCGGGCAAACCCACCACCUGGUCCUGCUGGAUGUUGAGCUGACCGCCUCGCCCCGAAAAUCAUUCCUCACCGCCACCUCACUCUCCUCUGCGGAUGCGAUGAGUGAGACUCUGCGGACCUGCUAUGUGUAUCUGAACCAGACCAGCCGCAGCUUUGCCGCCGUCAUUCAGGCUCUGGAUGGAGACCUACGGCAGGCAGUGUGCAUCUUCUACCUGGUGCUGCGUGCUCUGGACACGGUGGAGGAUGACAUGAGCAUCCCGCUGGAGGUGAAGGUGCCCAUGCUGCACAACUUCCACACCUACCUCUACCUGCCUGGCUGGAGCUACAGCCAGAGCAAACAGCGAGACGCUCAGGUGCUGCACGACUUCCCCUCGAUCUCCCUAGAGUUCCGCUCGCUGGCCAAGGUGUACCAGGAUGUCAUCGCCAACAUUUGCCACAAGAUGGGAUUGGGAAUGGCAGAGUUCCUGGAGAAGAGAGUGCAGUCCAUCAAGGAGUGGGACAUGUACUGCCACUAUGUAGCGGGGUUGGUGGGCAUCGGCCUGUCGCGGCUGUUUGCAGCAUCGGAGGUGGAGGAGCCGGUUGUCGGGGAGGACACGGAGCUGGCAAACUCCAUGGGGCUCUUCCUGCAGAAAACCAACAUCAUCCGCGACUACCUGGAGGACCAGCAGGAGGGCCGCGAGUUCUGGCCGCACGAGGUGUGGAGCAAGUACGUGGACAAGCUGUCAGACUUCAGCAGGCCGGCAAACCUGCAGGCAGCGCUGCAAUGCCUCAACGAGCUGGUGACCAACGCACUACAGCAUGUCCCCGACGUCAUCACAUACCUGUCCCGUCUCCACAACCAGAGCGUCUUCAACUUCUGCGCCAUCCCACAGGUGAUGGCCAUUGCCACCUUGGCCGCCUGCUACAACAACCCACAGGUGUUCCGCGGGGUGGUGAAGAUCCGUAAGGGCCAGGCAGUGACCCUGAUGCUGGAGGCGACCAACAUGGAGGCGGUGAAAGGAAUGUUCCGGCAGUACUCUGGAGUGAUCCGACAGAAGGUUCCCAGUGCGGGGAUGUCAGGGGUGGGGACGAGACAGAUCGUGCAGAAGGUGGAGGCACUGAGCCAGAGUGAGACAGAGCUGGUGUCCCAUGGCCACCUGUCACCCAUCUACCUGUCCUUGGCCAUGUUCCUGGUGGCGGUCAGCUGGCAGUACUGGCAGACGCUGACCCACAGCUCGGAGGAGUACCGGCCCAGCCAGUGAGUGUCCUGGCCCGCCGCUGCUGGAGACUGGGCACCAGGGGGCGCCAGGGACACAGCCGGCAUCUGCUAUCCCAGCAGGGAAUGGACCAUGGUCACUGUGUGUACAGGGAGCUUGGUGCCUUGUCUCCAACAUCACCCCUGCCUGGGGCAACAACGGGCACGCACGCACGCACACACACUCACACGCACACACUCACACAUAUGUACGCACGCACGCACACACACGCACACACACUCGCACACACGCACUCACACAUAUG